GAAUUUUUCUAAAACAAAACCGUUGUCUUUAAGGGUGUAAACCAUUUUUGAUGUCGUCCCGAGCUUUGCUAAAGCAUCCGCUCCGGGAUCGCUUUAAAUUAGUGGCUAACUACGUGUCUUAAAUGUUUUCGAUGUGCUUUAUACGUAAUAAGUAAAACCUGACUGUAAAUUGCUACGGUAGAAUCCAUACACAUAUAUAGAUAUAUAUUUUGAAUAAGCGUGACAUAUAACGAACGAGCCAAUAACAGAUCCUGUAUAUAUAUUUUCUUAUUUGUUGUUUACGACGAUGCCAGAGAUCGGCAAUAGACUUGAGUUGAAAUUUUUUAAGAGGAGAACGCAAAAUGAGAAGAAGACCGUCGCGAAGUCUCCAGAAAAAGCGGUCAAGCACCCAAAGAGUCCAGUGAACAGGGUUAAAAUCGCACCACCCUAUGCCUACGUCGAGGAAUUAGUGGUAAGCUCCCCCAACGAACGAAACUGGAGGGGGAUAUUUAUAGCUCUCCUGGUGAUUGUCGCGGUCUUGGGACUCAUAGUAUUCAGUAUAGUACUGGUGUCGCCGCCCGAAGAGUGUCCCAGGACCAAAGGCGCCAAACCCACGCUAGAAGAUAUUUUUAUAAAGCUUCCGCCGCCAGCCAGGUUUAAUGGCACGUGGAUGUCAGAUUCCGAAUUCGUAUUUAAGGAUCAAUACGGCGGAAUAUCACUGUUCGACGCGGAGAACCUUACCACAAGUAUUAUUAUGACAAAUAUUACCAUUAGACAAUAUGAAGUUGUUGAUUUUAAAGUUUCCAACGAUUUAAAGUUUAUCCUACUUAUAAGCGAUAUCGUUAAGAUUUAUGAAUAUACCACUUUGGCCAAGUAUCAUACGUACGACAUAGCUACGAGGAUACGAAAACCUUUGUCCCCCAAAGAGCUGGACGAGGAGGCUCCUUACUUACAAUAUGCUACGUGGUCCCAUGACGGGACCGCCAUCGCAUUCGUUUACAAUAACGACAUCUACUACAAACCGAAAGUGGAAAAAGAUUUGGUUUGUCGUAUUACGAGCACGGGAAAACCCAACGUCAUAUUUAACGGUGUACCUGAUUGGCUUUACGAAAACGAAAUACUGAAAACGUCACACACUCUUUGGUUCUCAGCUGACAACCUCUAUCUUCUCUACGUGUCCUUUAAUGAUACCAACGUGGGGGAAUACAACUAUCCUUGGUACGAGAGCGGGAAAUACGAGGCGAUUUAUCCACAAGUCAGGAGCUUCAGAUAUCCCAGAGUAGAGACUCCCAAUCCGGAAGCCAGUGUUUGGAUCGUAAACCUAACAAUGCCGAAAUAUUUGUUUCCGUUCGAGCUAAAACCGACGAACAGCGUAGAGACGGGUAGCUACGUCACAAGCGCGAGUUUCCACGGGGACCAUAACGUCGCCAUCAUUUGGUUGAAUAGACCCCAGAAUACGUUCGUCAUCGUAACCUGUCGAAAUCAGAACAACUACAACUGUACUGACUUUCAUGUAGAAAAGGAACAUAUCGGAUGGACUGAGCCGGUUUUCCAUCCCGUUUUUAAUGAAAACGGAACCAGGGCCUUAGUUCGAUUGCCGGUAAAGGACGGUGACAACGGGCACUAUAUGCACGCUUGCGAGGUGGAAAACGGCAAAGUAAGGCCACUCACACACGGAGCGUUCGAACUAAUCCGUAUUCUCGCAUGGGACGAAGAAAACUCUUUUAUCUACGCCUUGGGCACAAUCGAAAACUCUCCUGGCUACCGGCAUCUGAUCAAGAUCGUCGACAAGGACGCAUAUCCUGAAUGGUCAUGCGUGACGUGCAAUCCUGAGGCCGUGGUCCCUCACAAUACCACGGCCGACAUGAUGAUUUCCAAUGACACCGCGUCGAACGACACCUUAUGGUCAAACUACCCCUGCGACUACAACAAUGUGAUAUUCAGCAAAAGCUUCAACUAUUUCAUACAGGAAUGUUUGGGACCAGAAAUACCCAUAGUUAUACUAGUGAAAACUAUAACAAACACCCGUCAACUUGUACUAGAUACGAGCCACAAGUUAAGGAGAAAGGCGAGGAAGCUUUCUGUCCCCAGGGAGAAAACCAUCUCGGUGGAAAUCGAGUUUGGAUACAAGGCGCAAGUAAAAUUAUAUCUGCCCGGAGUUUUGAGGGAGUACGAGGAUGUCACCUUUCCCCUUAUUCUAUUAGUAGACGCCUCACCUUCGUCACAGACAGUCUCGUCUAAGUGGGAACUGUCCUGGCAGUGGUAUCUGGCCAGCUCGCGAAACUAUAUAGUUGCCAAGAUCGACGCCAGAGGAUCCGGGUAUCAAGGGGUCAAGAUGCGAAGAGAGAUCCAGCGCAGGAUCGGCCUGAUAGAAAUCCAAGAUCAGCUCGCUGUGCUGACUUACCUACGCGACACCUUCAAGUAUAUCGAUAGGGAGAAAAUCUGCACAGUUGGGAAAGGCUACGGCGGCUACGUGUCAGCGAUGAUGCUCCUACAGGAUUUUCACCAAGUGAUCAAUUGCUCGGUUAGCAUUUCGCCGAUCACGAAUUGGAAAUACUAUAACUCGUUCUUUGCCGAGAAGUACCUGGGGAUGCCAUCGAAGCACCCGCUAGAGUACGAGAACGCAGACCUGACGAUGAAAACUGCCAAUCUCAACGAACGCAACUUCCUGCUGAUAUACGGUACGGCCGAUACUCGUGUCACUUCGCAACACGCUAUCGCGUUUGCAAAAGCGCUCGUCGAUCAAGACGUGCUUUUCCAACACAUGGCAUAUCCGGACGAAUCGUACGACUUCGGGAGGAAGGCGCUUCUGCACAUGCACAAGGAGAUCGACCUGUUUUUUAACGAAUCCUUCGGGCCGAUCAUAGACGAAUGGAUCGACGAUUCCGGCUUUUUCAUUUAAUGCCGGCUUUACUACUCGUAAACGGACCUCCUAGCUCACGAUAGAAUUAAGAUUGCGUUUUCGUGUAGGUUUUAUAUCCGAUUUGUCCGUUUGUACUGUGUUUUGUACAAAAUCGUAACGUAGUGGUUACUACCUAGAAAAAAAAAUAGGUUACGAAUAUCUUAAAAGGCCACGUUCGUUCCUUUUGCAAGUUUUAUUGCUAAGUUUUAACCAUAUAGCUAUUAGACAAUAUACAGGGAAAAUCGGGAAAUUCGUUGACCUGUUAUGGGAAAACUAAAUUAUUGAUAUAAAAUGUUAAAUAAUAAUAAUACAUAGUGUUCCAUUUAAAAUUUCGAAAAUAUGUUAGUCCUAUAUUGCCCCCACCACCAUUAGUUUAAUUCCAAAUUUGUAAAUUUUUGCUGCUUAUAUUUUUCCCGGUAUAGUCCGCGCUUAGCUCUUUUUUUUUAAUGCGAUUUGGGCGUAUGUUGAGAAAAUUGUGCUGAAAAAUUCCACAGACAAACUGAAAACUGUGGAAUUCACGAACUGCCAGUGGUCAUUUUGAACACCCGUCUUAUUGAAUGUUCCUCAACUUUUCUUUUAUGAGCACAUGUUAUCAGUAUAGGCAAGGCCUCCAUAUAUCUAGUAGCUAUAUAGUUUUAGCAGGUUAACCGUCGGUGCAAUACUAUCAUCAACAAUUAUUUGAAAGUUUAUCUCAACAAUUGAUUAAAAAAAUUUCGUAUGUAGUACUUAUAAUUUAACAAUAAGAUCUUGAAUCAACUUACUUCAGAUUUUUGAGUUGUGAUAUUAAGAAUGUGACUGCAAAUCCCAGAAGAUUUUUUUUUAAAUGUAUUCUUUUUUCUUUAAUAAAAAAAAAUAUUUUAAACCCGAACAAGGCAACAUCAUAAAUUUACAAAAUAUUAUCAAACUUAUGUAUUCGAGUAGCAAAGAGCCUUCUUAUGUUAUGGUUUCAAUUGCCUUUGUGUUAUUUUGUUUUUUUAUAUAUAAAAAUAACCACUUUCUGUCUAGUUUACAAUACGUUAACAGCAUAUUUUUUGAGAAAAAUAAUUCCACUCCGCUGUGUGUUCAAUCAAAAAAUAAUAAUAAAAAAGCUCCAGGGUGUUAAAAGGUUAAGAAUUUAAAUUAGAUGUUAGGUAAAACCAGUGAAAUUUUCUUGACCGUGCUUUUGUAUCGCUAAUUAUUGCAAAUUUAUUAUUUUUUACCUAAAAAUUUAAUUUUUAAUUCAUAACCACCGCGCAAUGCAUCCUUUACUGAAAACUUAGAAAAUACUGCCAGACUAUUGUUUCUCGUCUCAAAAAAAAAAAUAGAGUAUCAAUUUUCAGGUUAUUUACGUUGAACAGAUUCCAAAAUCUUUUGGAAUAAACUAAACAUAACUUAAUCGAAUUAUUUUGGCGCCAAAAAAUAUACUGUUAACGUACCGCAUGACCUACUCUUCACCAAAACAUUUGUUUUAAUUGUGUAAUGGAGCUGAUAUUACAUGCAGUGACCAGUAGCCGUGUGUGGUUAUUAGCCAGAACAAAGUCUUUUUUUCAUGCGAAAAUAAAAACAACUAUUUUAAACAACUGAGAGCAGUAGAAAGAUUGAAUACUGUUAGAAACAGUAAAAAGCAGUUUCAGAGAUUGUCGCAUAACUCCUAUUUUAAUGCUAAUGUAAGAAUGGCGUCAGCCCAGACAUUUGAAUCACUCCGUUUGCCUGACACUCUUUCAUAUAUCCAUAAUACCUAACAUAUGGUAUAUGGAGUUACAACGGGAUAUAUAUGGAUGUAGAUGCCAAGCAUACGGAGUAGUUCAAAUGUACCGACCUGUCUGACCCAAGCGACGCCAUAAAGUGGGCGUAAUUUCAGAAUGGGAGAGCAAUUGGUAUAAAAGAGAAAGUGCUUCGCUAAAUAGGAAUUACGCACAGCCACUGCAAGCAAUCGAAUGGCUUCGAUUUCGCGAGCAUCUGCAAUCGGUCACGUGAUAGGGUCCUAUUCUGAAAUUACGUUCACUCUACCUACUAAUGAGAUGUCUUAAAAAUGGAACGAACAAUUUAAGAAUACCAUAUAAUUGAGAACGUAUCGACAAGGUCUUAUUUAGGAAGGUGAAUAUACGUUUUAAAAACAUUAACAGACAUAUUCUUCAACACCUAAAACUAAUCAAUUUGUUCAAUUUCAAUUAGUAUUUUUUUUAUUAUUAAUUCGUUUUAAAGCGGGUACCUCUAUAAGCAGAAAUAUAACAUAUAGUUUAUCGCUAAUAUUUCGAUAUCAUAAUAAAAACUGAAAACCGCAAAACGACUAGUUGAAAUUUUGCGUUUGAUGUUAAGGGGCUUCGAAUAACUAUAGCACCAUUUUCAAAAACUAUGAUAGUUUCGUUUUUUAAAUUUACAAAUGGAGCACUACCAUUAAGCUCAAACCAAAGAAUCUAAUGAAAAAUAAAAUUCUUAGUUUAUUGUAUCUAGAAACAAUAAUAGAAGGGAAUUUUAAUUAAAACUGAAAAAAAAUUAUAGUUGUUUUAGGAACCUACAUUUAGAUUUUCGAAAAUUAAUCAGAAGACAAAUUAAUACACCAAUGUUGAGGCAAAAAAAUUUAUACAGUAUUUCGAAAGUCGCUUACAUACCGUUACUAGGACCCAUGCGGUAGGUUAGGUAAACAAAUUAUCCUGUCAAUAAAUUAUUGCUACUUACCACUAUAGGUCAGUCCAUUAUUGACAGAGUCAACAUACCCAGGUACGUCUUAUCUCAAAUUGUCGUGUGUACAUACAAAUAUGUUGAUGUUAUUUACUUAUACAUAUAGGUAUAUAAAUUAUUAUAUAUGGCGAUCGAAAUUACCCAAAUAUUUUUUUAUACAUCGUAGUAAUAGCUUAUAUGUAAUGUAUACUUCCAGAUAAAUAUAUUCCAUUUUGUGGGGCACCCGUUGGGUCACCGUUAAUUUAUUAUGUAUAUUUGUGCCUAACACUAGCUUUAUGGUUAAGAGACGACAAAAUUAUCGAAUAUUUUAGUUUUGUAAUAAUUGAUUUUAAUGCGAGCCACCAAUAUAUAUAUUGUUGAGAUGUUAUAUUUGUAUAUGAUGUACUGAUUUUAAUGUGACACCAAACCAAUAAAUG